UUUGUAAUAUAUUUGGUCAUUGACUGUAAAUAAAGUCUUCUUCUUCCAAUGGAACCCAUCCAUUGGGUUCCUUUAAUAGGCGGAAGUUUGAACCCAGAUUUCCCAGAUCUUAAUCCAGUGCGCUCGCCACAACACCUCACUGGCUUUGCGCUGAUAGAAGUGUCAAAAGAAUAGGAAGGUUUUGGCCCUCGGAUUUUGCCCUCAGAGAAUCUCAGAGCCACUGGGCCCAAAUCCGAAUGUAAACAAACCUCCAGUACGUAUGGCUGAACAAACCCUCUUAUUGCAUGGGAAACGGCUGACUGGCUUCCUCUCCGCCUUCUCCAGUGUGACCAAGGCUGUCGUUCGUGACAACCAGGAUGGGACCUAUCACAUUUCUUACACCCCUGAGGAGCCAGGCAAAUACAAGAUCAGCGUCUUUGUCAGAGGGCAACACGUGCAGGGAUCCCCACUCACCAUGACGGUGCAGAGCAAGUUUCGUCAACACCACGGCCUUUUCCACUGUUGCACGUUCUGCUCCAGCGGAGGGCAAAAAGCCAUUCCGUGUGGUUGCGGGGGGACCAUGCCCGGAGGCUACCAAGGCUGUGGUCACGGCCACAAAGGCCACCCGGGCUCUCCGCACUGGUCAUGCUGUGGCAACGUGGCAGAAGUGUCCGAAUGCUCCAGGAAACCAUCCUGCAAGGAUUCCUUGCAAAGGAGCCUGCUCAGAACAGUGGCAUUGUGAGGGGAAGGUCAGGGUGAAGCUCAGCUGACAAGAAUCUGCCAUUUUGUUCUGGUCUGAAAUCGCAAACUGAGAAGACAGUGCAAGAAUAAAUAAAGAAGUGCCUUUUAUUUAUCCUCCUC